CAGAUCUAAUAAAUUCUUGUAUGUACUAACUGGAAUUUGUAAUAGUGCUGAAUAAAUAAUUUGUUUUGGUUUUUUUAUCGCUUAGUCAGAAGUAGUGCAUUAACCCUUAAGCUGCUUGCGGACGUGGGCAACAUCUCUAAGCUAAAAAAAACUGGUGGACCAAAGGUAGUUUCAAUUUCUGUUGGAAACUUUCGCCUUUCGGCACCUAUGGCAGAAAGUCAGCAACUUGUGCUUCAUCCCAAGCUAGAAACCAUGUCGGGAGAUCAGAAAGUUUACUUGAAGGGGCAUUCCUCACAGUAUGUGAAACUAAAUGUGGGUGGCGGGUUGUAUUAUACCACCAUUGGUACACUAACUAAACAUAACGAUACAAUGUUAAGCGCAAUGUUCAGUGGAAGAAUGGAAGUGCUCACAGAUUCAGAAGGAUGGAUUUUAAUUGACCGCUGUGGAAAUCACUUUGGUAUCAUUCUCAACUUUUUACGCGAUGGUUCAGUUCCGUUGCCUGAAACAAACAAGGAAAUUGCCGAGUUGCUUUCUGAAGCCAAAUACUAUUGCAUUACAGAACUGGCAUUAUCUUGUGAACGCGCAUUAUUUGCACACCAGGAGCCAAAGCCAAUUUGCAGAAUUCCUUUAAUAACUUCGCAGAAGGAGGAGCAGUUAAUUAUAAGUACAUCUUCAAAACCUGCUGUUAUUCUAGUGGUUCAGCGGCAAAACAACAAAUACUCUUACACAAGCACAUCAGAUGAUAACCUGCUUAGGAACAUAGAACUUUUUGAUAAGCUAUCAUUGCGGUUUAAUGAACGAAUUUUAUUUAUUAAGGACGUUAUCGGUCCAAGUGAAAUCUGUUGCUGGUCAUUUUACGGACACGGCAAAAAGGUAGCUGAAGUGUGUUGCACAUCAAUAGUUUAUGCAACAGAUAGAAAGCACACAAAAGUAGAAUUUCCAGAAGCGCGUAUUUACGAAGAAACCCUGCAGGUAUUGCUAUAUGAAAAUCGCAAUGCUCCAGACCAAGAGCUUAUGCAAGCGACGUCUUCAGUACGCGUGGGUACUGUCAAUGGAACCAGCAUGCAUCAAUAUACCAGCGAUGAAGAGGAAGAACGUACUGGAUUAGCGCGGUUACGAUCCAAUAAACGGAACAACCCGUCCUGAGUUAAAUGUGUUUUUAUUUUUAAGUGCAUAAAUAUAUAAUUUGUUGAUAUCUAAAAUCUA